AUGUUCAUUCUAUUAGCUAGUUUAUGUACAAUUGUUUUAGCAAAUCAAGCCAGUUUCGAUUUUGAGAAGGUAACCUUUUUAGUGAAUUCCAAUAAGCAAUAAUAUUUUUAUUUUCAGUCACUAUCACCGUGUGAAAAACCGUGUUUCAAUGGUGUCUGCUUGAAUCGAUCUUGUCAUUGUAGCAAAGGAUGGUUUGGACCACAAUGUGAUCAUUGUCUUGGACGAGUCAAGUUAACCGAUAAUAGCAGUCAUUUUACCGAUGGCCCACUUGAUUAUAGUUCUUCAUCAAAAUGUACUUGGCUGAUUGAACCUGAUGUGGUGAGUUGAUUUUGGGGAAAGGAUUGCUGAGAAAAAAAAUCGGCCCGAGUUUUUUUUAGAUGAAAAAAAUCGGCCCGAUGUUUUUUGUAAGAGGAAAAAAAUCGGCCCGAUUUUUUUUGUUAGAGGAAAAAUAUCGGCCCGAGUUUUUUUUUGUUAGAGGAAAAAAUCGACCCGAUUUUUUUUGUUAGAUCAAAAAAAAAAAGGAAAUUCUGAUUUUCGUGUAUAGAUUCAGCAAAAUUGUGAAUAUUAAAUUUUCAGAAUGUCACCAAACCACUGAACAUCAAAAUCGAAAGUUUUUCGACAGAAUGUGGUUGGGAUUAUUUAUACAUUUACGAUGGUGAUGGUGUUUAUGGUAAACAAUUAGCAGCACUUUGGUAAGAAGCUUUUCCUCCAUUUUUUUUUGUCAUAUUCAUAAUUUUUCAAAUUUUCAGUGGCGAACAACCAACGCAAGAGUUCACAGCACCUUCUGGUAAAGCAUUCGUGUAUUUCUUCAGUGAUUUGGCCAUGAAUCUCAACGGGUUCAAUAUUUCCUACGAGUAUGAUCGGUGAGUUGUUUUUCUUCAGAAAACAUGACUCAUAGAACAAUUUUCUAGCUGUGCCUAUAAUUGUCAUAAUCGUGGCAGUUGUAUAAACGGCGUCUGUGAAUGUCAAAGCGGGUCAAAAGGUGAUUAUUGUGAACACGAGGUUUGUCCAUUGGAUGCGGAUUUUGUUACCGGACCCUGUCACGCGGGUCAAUGUGAAAAUGGUCGAUGCCAAUGUCCACCAAAGAAAUUACACGGUGAACAAUGUCAAUCGCCAGCAACACAAGCGGUUUGGGAUUUGAUUCAUCCAAAAAAUCAAAGCCCAUCGGGAAAAUCUUCGCAUGUAUCGAUUCCGAUUGACGACACAUUUUGGAAUAUUGGUGGAGAAUAUUUUGAUGGUGCUGAAAAACCGAAUACAAUCUCUUAUUUUGAUACAAUCACAAGAGAAUGGGGCGUUGUUGAAACAUCUGGAGAAUCACCAAAACCGCGAUAUGAUCAUUCUGUUGUGAAACAUAAGACGAAACUAUACAUGUUUGGAGGAGUUAUUCGAGGAAGAGAUGAAUUGAAUACCCCACAAAAUAUUACAAAUGAGCUUUGGAGUUUUGAUAUACCUAGCAAGACCUGGAGACAUAUUCCAACUAUGAAUGAGACAAUUCUAACUGCACCAUUAGCUGUUUCCGGUCAUACUGCUCAUGUUUCAGGAAAUGAGAUGUAUGUUAUUUUUGGUUAUAAUCCUUUCUUUGGAUUCCUCCAUCAAGUUCAAGUUUUCAAUUUUGAAACUGAGAUAUGGACCCUGGCGAAUACCACAGAUCAUGUUCUUGGUCGUUUCCGACAUUCUUCAAUGGAUUAUAUAACACCUCAAGGAAAAACCGCAAUUCUUGUCUAUGGAGGAGUUAUGUGGAAUAACACAAUAUCUGAUAAUCUGAUGCAAUUUGACACAGAAACCAAAAAAUGGUCAAAUCUUCCGCAAUCUGGUGUUCAACUAUACCUUCAUACUGCAACAUUUCUGAAUGGUUUAAUGAUUGUUGUCGGUGGAAAUGGUGUGAAUACGACAACAACAAUGACAUCCGGAAAAACUGAUUGUUUUUCAAAUAUGGUUUUGACAUAUGAUGUUGCUUGUAAACAAUGGACAAAUAUGACAAAUGCGCCGGUUGAAAUGAAAAGAUAUGGACAUAGUGCAGCAGCGGUCAAAGGAAAAUUGUAUAUUUUUGGAGGAUUUGAUGGCAAAAUGAGAAAUGAUGUUUGGGCACUGUCACCAGGUAAGAUUUUCAUUUUAUCAUCUUAAAAAUUAAAACAAAUUUCAUAAUUCAGCUCAAUGUGAUUCAACAUCUCGACCUGAUGAUUGUCGAUUGAUAAACGAUGGUGUAAAAUGUGUAUUCACCAAUAAACAAUGCCAAGAAUACAACCCAAAUGUCUCAUACAAAAUUGGUUUUGAAAGUUUAGUCAAAGAACAUAAAGAUGUCAAACAAAUCGACGAAUGCACCAAUACACCAUUCCGACAAGCUCUUCAAAUUUGCGAGGAACAAAAAGAUUGCGUCUCUUGUGCUUCAAAAUCUGGAUGUGGUUGGUGUUCUUCGGGCGAUCAAUGCCUACCAUCAGAACAAGAAUGUCUUGAUGGUCCUGGAAUGUUAACAGCUUGGGAGAAAUGCCCGCAAAAGAAUCGACCUGUUGCACCAAGACCUUGUCAUAUGCAAAAAUCUUGUGGAAGUUGUCGAGUUCUACCGCAUUGCACUUGGUAUCCAAUCGAUAAAACAUCACCGUGUGUUAGUAAAGAAGAUUUGAUUGCAGUUGUUUAUGAAUAUGAAGCGAAAACUGUUUUGGAUCGCGGGAAAAUGCUUGGACCAUCACAUUAUCCAUCACUUUCCCGAACACUUUUCCGAAAUCACACAGAAUGUCCACUUCCCUGUUCACAACGAAGCAAUUGUAGUGAUUGUAUUGAACUGGAAUCUUGUAUGUGGUGUCCAAGUACUCGAAGAUGCAUCAGUUUAGAAGCAUAUACCUUAAGUUUUGCCUAUGGACAAUGUCAUAGCUGGGUAACAAGUAGUAGCGGAACAAAUCACGGAAGAAUUUGUAUGGCUGGUAAGUUUAUUCAUCUUGAGACACUGAACUUUUGUUUAAAAUAAUGUUCCCAUUUCAGAAUCGAGUAUUUGCGAAGUUCACAAAACAUGUGCUGAAUGUCAACGAGCUCCUGAAUGUGGUUGGUUAGCUGACGAUUCUGGAACUGGGCUUGGAUCUUGUGUUGAAGGAACAUCCAGUGGACCACUGACACCAGGAAAAAUCGAAGAAAAAUGGCAUUUCGUUGAUUGUCCAGCUUGUCAAUGUAACGGGCAUUCUACAUGUGUGACAGGAACUGGAUCAUUCCCACCAGUUACUGUUGAAAAAUGUGAGACUUGUCAGAACCAUACAACUGGACAACAUUGUGAAAAAUGUGCACCUGGAUUUUAUGGAGAUUCGAGAAAUGGUGGAACUUGUUUACGUGAGUAUAUAUUUUUUUAAAACAUUUUUACAAAGUAUUGCAAAAUACAUAUAUAUGUAUAUGGAAGAUAAAACCAACCUCGUCCCUCUUCCUUGUGAAAAAGCUGGUAUAAUUCACAAAUUUUCAGCCUGCGACUGUAAUGGCCAAGCUGAUAUGUGUGAUCCAGCCAGUGGUUUAUGUUAUUGUCGAACAAAAGGUGUGACUGGACAUCAUUGUGAAAAAUGUGAAUCAAAAUAUAAUGGAAAUCCUCGCAAUGGAACACCGUGUUAUUAUGAACUUGCAGUUGAUUUCAUUUUCACAUUCAAGUUGAAAAAUGAUGAAAAGGAUAAUCAUACUAAUGAGAUUUAUUUGUAUAGUGUUCCAUAUAAGGUUUGAGAUUUCUUCAUUGUUGCUAAUAUUCAGUCAAUUAUAUUUUUUUUAUUUCAGAAAGAUACUGAUGUAACAUUUACAAUAAGUUGCGAAUCACCAGCUGGAAGUGCUCUUGUUGCUCUAAAUAUGACCUCCUCCUACAUGGAUGGAAUACCCGAACGAACGCAACCAAUGAUGGUAAGUUGUUUAUUUGAUCAUCUUCUCUUUCUCUUUUUUUUUUCAUUUUUGAUUCCUGAUUUUGUGUUGUUUAUUUGUUUAUUUAUUUUAUUAUCCUCUUACCAUCUCAUCCUUGUUCAUUUCCAGUUCAACACCACUUGUGAUUCAAAAGGAUUUCGACGUGUCUACGUUGCUUCGGAUAAAGGUUAUCCAUUUGGUCCUGACGCGAAUACAACAUUCUUUGUGAGUUUUUCUUUGUGAUUUAUGUAAGGCAGAAAAUAGAUUUUUAGAGAACAGAAAUAUUUUCUCAUUAGUUGAAAAAGUCUCGGAGGGAUAAAAAGUACUGAACAAACAAAAAGUACAAUAGAUUGUUUUUGAAUAAAUUUUCAAGAUGUCUCGAAUAAUUGUUUUUUAUUUAUAAAUUUCGGGGAUUCCUCGAUAUUUACACAUUCAACGAUUGAGGUGUUUUAUACCUAAUCCAACCUAAUUAUCUGUCUGAAAAAGCGUUCAGGAAAUGAGCGACUUCCGUGUUAAUUUCCGGAAUCUUUAAAUCAUUUUGCCAAUGAAUUUUAAGCAUUUCAAGCAUUCGUCUUUGAAUUACUUAAGAGUUUACUCAGUACCGUAUCCAAUCCAAUCCGAAGCCAUGUUCAAAAAGAGGAAGACAAAAAAUAAAGAUCCCAUUUUGAAAACCCCUCAUAAAAUUUUAUUUCAUAGAGAAAUUCGACGGCGAAUCCAACUCUUCAUUCAUACAUAGAUAUAUAUUCUGUUGAGCUUUUUUUGACUGAAAAUAUUCUAAAAUGUCAUUCUUUGAGAAUAAGAUGUUUCCAAAGAAACAUAAAAUGUUUGCUUAUCAUGCAAAUCAUACUAAUAAGUUUUUGAUGGACAUGGAGGUAAGAUCUUCAAAGUCUCUGGGCAAUUAGUUGAUGUUUCCUCGAAUCAGAAAACCACAAAAUCGAAUCCAAUUAUAGCCACCUUAUUUUCAUUCUGUUCAUGACAACAAGCUCCGCCUAUUGUUCUCAAAAACCCACGGGUCUCAUCAUCAUCAAAACCAAAACCGAAUCUCAUUUCCUCAAUUUCUAAAUUUUCCAUUCGUUCCAAAUCAAAUACUUUACGCAUCGUUGAUGCGUGAAAUAGCUAAAACCAAGACCAAGCCUAUCCAAGAAAAAAACAUGGAUUUUCAGGUUCGCGUUUACAAUUUCAAUACACCGGUUCAAAUCGUCGUCAGUUUUGCCCAAUCGCCACCCAUCAAUUGGGUAUUGUUUUUCGUCAUUUUUGCUGCGUAAGUUUCGUUUUCGGGGUUUGUAAAGUUUAUCGAAACUAAAAUGUAAAAGUUUAGGAUUUUUCUCACACAAAAUUGUUUCUGAAAAUGUAUAGAAUUUGGUUUUUAUUAGUUUUUUUUGUUAAAUUGUGUGAACCAGCAAACUGCUUUCCGAAAAAAGAGAGAAAGAUAUUGAUUCACAUAUGGGAACAUUGUGUUUUUGUAUUAUUUUUUUCAACAAAAAAAAAUAGUGUUCCCAUCGUUUAUGGCACCUGUUACUUAUACUUGCCAAAAAAAUGUCCUUCACUCAUUCAUUCUCACAAUCCUUUCUUUUCAUUUCCUUUCUUAUCAUUUACACUAACUAACCUAAAUGCUUCAACCAAUUCCUAAAAAUGUAUUUGAAAAAGCUGCACACACAGCUGAUUAUUAUGAUGAUAUUUAUUAUGAAGAAUAUGAAUUAGAUCCAAAAUUCAUGUGGGUUAAAAUAUUUUUGGAAUAUAAUUUUCUGAAUUUUUCAGUUGCUUCAUCGUUUUGCUGGUAGUCGCUGGACUACUGUGGAUGAUCAAAGUGAGAAUUGAAGCUUAUCGAAGAAAUCAACGCCGAAUUGACGAAAUCGAACAUGUAGGUUUUAACUUUGAUUUGCUCUCGGAAAAUUUGACAGAUACUGAAAUUUUUCAUAAGUUAGAGCUUCCAAAAGAUUUGUUUCUCUCAAAUCUUAAUUUCUUAUGAGGUUCGAACGAGCCUGUAAACAAAAAUUGAAUUUUCGAAAAUUUUCCUCAAAAAAUACUGUAUUCCAUUUCGUAUUUUUUCAACUCUCAAUUUCUGAGCCACAAAAACCCAUUUCCAGUUCCCCAUCAUAAAAUUCUGCUGACUACUGUACCCUUUUAGCUUCUCUCGUGACUAAUAAUGCGGAACAACGUUCAUUUGCCUAAAUGGAUUUUUUCAAAAAAGAAAAAAUGAAUCCAGCUGUAAUCUCAUUUUAAGGAAUACUGUAGCUUUAUUGAAAAGGUUUUGUGUUUUUUCUUCCAAUACUUUUUUUCACCAGCUGAAUAGGCAUAUGGAAUAGAAUUCAAUAUGAAAAAUAAUCGGAAAAAUGUUUGCAACACAUAGAAUUUUGAAAAAAAAAACAAAUUCAAUAUUUUAUUUCCAGAUGGCUUCCCGUCCUUUUGCCUCCAUUAAAAUGGAGUUGACACCACCAAAUGAUAAUUCAUCUGGUGCACCAACUCCACUUUCCAUCGAACCAUGUGCCAAUUAUCGUGCUGGAGUCUUCACACUUGCUGUCCGACUUCCAACUGGUGGACUUGCAACAACUCCAUGCGGUACUUCUGGUCUUGCUGUCGCUUCUUCGCUCUGCCUUUUGACUCCACAACAACUCGGAGUUCUUCAGGCUCCGACUGAAAGCGAGCAAAAUAAUGGGAGGAAACGGAACUUGCGAAGUUUCUUACGUCUUCCAAUGAGACAACGACCCAAUGCUGACGAGUAA